AUGACGGGAUCGUCCGCACGUGUCAGCGAUCAGACGACUCAGCACGACCUUCUUGCUCUGCAAUGGCCCUCUCCGCCCCGCAACAUCCUCUUCGUCCGUAAGGAUGACGAUACUGCGGUGCACGAUGCGCUGAUUGAGUAUACAGACCACAUCAAGGCCACCUAUCCCGAGACCAACCUCGUGUUUGAACCCUAUGUUGCGCAGCAGAUCCACGACCGAUUCUCGUUUCCCGUCUAUACCGUCCGCGAGAGUGGUAGCAAUGUACCCUAUCACGCCAAGGUCGACUUGACCACGACUCUGGGUGGAGACGGCACGAUACUGCACGCAGCAAGUCUUUUUGCCACCGCUAAGAGCGUGCCUCCGGUACUCUCUUUCAGCAUGGGCACGCUUGGAUUCCUGGGCGAGUGGAAGUUUAAGGACUUUAAGCGCGCUUUCCGUGAGGUCUACGUCUCUGGCCACCCUUCCGUCUUACCAUCCAAAGGCGGCAAUGCUGAUGUUACAGAUGGCGGCAGUGGCCCAAGGGCAGACAGCAUGACUGGCUGGUCCAAUAUACGUGGCAAAUCCAUGGGCUCAUCCCGCAGCUCCCGCAUCCUCAUGCGCAACCGUCUCCGCAUCGGACUGUUUGACACCUCUGGAGAGCGCUUGCCACAUGAACCACCCUUCGCGCACCAAGACAACAAAUGUGAGGACAUCUUCGCUCUCAACGAAGUACUGCUCCACCGUGGUAAGCUACCGCAUCUGGCUCACAUUACCAUCCUUAUUGGGUCUCCGCCACAUCAACGCACACUUACCACCGCCAUUGCGGACGGUUUCCUCGUCAGCACACCAACCGGCUCCACGGCUUACAGUUUAAGUAGCGGCGGCUGUAUUGUCCACCCGCUUGUGUCUAGCCUCCUGCUGACUCCGAUCUGCCCACGAUCCUUGUCCUUCCGACCGGUCGUGCUGCCAGCAAACACGCUAGUAACCCUCCGUAUUGACGAGCUCAAUCGAGGGAAGGAGAUCGAAGUCUCCGUUGAUGGCGUGCGACGUCAGCAAGGUCUCAGAGCAGGGAUGGAGGUGAGAGUGGUGGGCGAAGAAGUCCGCACUCAAGGCCCGCCAGGUACGAGGGACUGGAUGGGAGGCGUGCCAAGCAUCGUCCGCAGUGGGCACGCGGCGGACGGAGAGGAUCAUUGGGUAGGCGGGUUGAACGGACUACUGAAAUUCAACUACCCUUUCGGCGAAGAUGGCUAAGACGAAUGGCAUUAUUGCGGC